AUGGUCACCCUCAUCACUGAGAAGCUGCAGAACCAGAGCCUGGAUGACCUUGCUCGCAAGAGCUACGAUGCUGGCCCGGUAUGCUGCCUGCAUGAGCCCAUCCGUGUCGAGCUGCUGACCCCUGGACGCUCGGCCUCUCGAGUGACCCUUAUGCCCCUGUCUGAUGAAGACAAGCACCCCUGGAAGGUCGUCGGUGGAGGACAGCCCGUUGGAAGCCAGGGGGCCACGGGCCCUGCCAUCCCCUUCCCUCCUGGCCCCUGCGGCCCAAGCGCCAGCCUGGGUGUGGUCAGUGCCAGGGACCUCAGGGACGGCACAGGGCCGCCCUCAGCACCGCCCACCAAGCGACACUGCCGCUCCCUGUCGGAGCCCGACGAGCUGGCGCGCUGCCGGUCCCCGUGGCGCCCCGGUGGCUCCAGAGUCUGGGCUCCUGUCUCCAAGAGGCGGUGCCACAGUGGCGGGAGCGCCACGCUGCAGGCCAGGAGCGCCUGGUCGCCGGGCCAAGCCCUCCCUGCUGCCAGCUCCGCCUCACCCCCUGCGCCCCGGCCGGCCUCGGCUUUGGCCAGCAGCGGCCUCCUGGCCCUGGGCCCGGCUCGGCGACCCGUCGGACCUCGCUUGCCCUCACCGCGCCGCCGCCUGUCCCUGUCACAGGAGCACCUGUUGCCAGUGGACGUGGCCCCACCCUCCGCGGGCAGCACGCCCGCGUCCACGCCCGCGUCCACGCCUGCGUCCACGCCCGAGCUGGGCCGCCGCCGGGGCCUACUCCGCUGCCGCUCUCAGCCAUGUGUGCGCGCGGGCGGGAAGGGCCAGCGGAAACGCAGGCGCGAGGAGGAUGCCCGCUGGCCGCGCCCGGCCCUGGACUUCCUGAAAAUGACGCGGACGUUAAAAAAUUCAAAAAGCCUUUGCUCCCUCGAUUAUGAAGACGAGGAUGAGGAAGAUGCCCGAGUGAAGACAGCCGUGUCCUCCCCGUGCGACCCGCAGGGCCCCACGGGCACCGCUGCGCCCGGCCCUGGCGCCGCCAGCCCCAGCCCGGGGGUCUGGCGGGGGUGGGUGGCCGGUGAGGGCGAGGGUGGGGACCCGAGUGACUGGGACAGCGCUGGGGAGGAGGGCAUCUUCCCCCUGGGCCGUGGCGAGCUGGACCUGGAGCAGAUCGAGAACAACUGA